CAUGGGAGCGCGCCCUCUCUAGGGUCCUCCUCCGCCGCCGCCGCCGCCAUGUUCGAGGAUUUGGUGAGCAAGGUUCUCCCUGCACUCCUCGGCCGCUACGUCAGCUUCCAGAAACACCAGCUCACCAUUAACAUCUGGAACCAGGAAAUAAUAUUGGUAAAUGUAGAGCUGAUUCUGGAAGCCUUCGACUACCUGCAGUUGCCAUUCGCACUGAAGAAAGGACGGAUCGGCAAACUAAGCGUCAGGAUUCCAUGGAAAACGCUUGGGUGGGGCGCUAUAAUUAUUGCCAUAGAAGAUGUGUUCAUCUGUGCAUGUCCACGAGAGGAUUCUGAGUGGAGCUCAGAUUCUCUGGAUAAGAGGGAGUUAGAUGGAAAACUGGCUAAACUUAAAGCUAUUGAGCUUGCUAAAAUUACCAGAAGAAUUACAGAUAACCAAACGGGGCAAUCACUUUUAUCCUACAUAUUAGCAAAGAUACUGGACAACAUCCAAGUUUCUAUACGAAAUGUUCAUAUCACAUAUGCUGAUAACUACAAAGAUAAGGGAAGCUUCACGUUUGGUUUGGAAUUCUCCAGUCUCUCAAUACAAACAGAUCCCAAGAAACAAAGUUUUGCGAUGUCUUUGAUGGCCAUGUCAAGACAAGAUGAAGUAAACAAGACGGUAGAGAUAUCCAAUGUUGGCAUUUACUGUGAUCACUUGGAGGAACAGCAGGAUCCAUGUGAUAUUGGUGCUCUUACUGAAACUAAUUUUAGUUUCAGUCCAGGAUUGGCCCAUCCAAGAGAUUAUCUUAUAAAUCCAUUUAACGUGACUAUAUUUGUGCUUGCUAACAAAGCUGGAAAGCUUGAUGGUGCACCUCAAUAUAACAUAACUGUGGAGUUAACUGCUCUGAUCCUAUCGAUUAAUGAAAUCCAGAUUCAACAAAUUUUGAAUCUUUGUGAUUACUUCUCCAUCUGUGCUUUGCGGACAAAGUAUGGUCGUCAUCGUCCAUCUCAAAGCUCUUUAUCUAAGAGACAUAAAGGUUGGCAGAGGAUGUGGUGGCACUAUGCUCAGAGAUCUGUUUUAGCAGAUGUUCACAGAAGACUGAGGAAAACUUCAUGGAGUUACCUGGGGCAGCGGCUGGACUGCCGUAGGAGAUAUGUCAAUUUGUACAGAAUGAAACUGGAGCUUUUGCAGAAAGGGCAGCUUGUCAGCGAAGACAUCCUACAAGAGCUUGAAAAUAUGGAUAGAGAAGGUGAUAUAGAUGAUAUACUUAACUACAGAACUAUUGCAGAGCAGCAAUUACAGGAAGCUUUGGUGAAAUCUACCAAAGAUAAUUUUUCUAGUCCAGGAAGCCCUCGAACUGAUGAACAGUCAGCUGGGGCAGGCCAAGGAUGGCUAAAGUGGAUUUCUCGUGGAAUGCUUGGUGCUGGUGGAACCGCUGAUACCAACUCAUUUGCUGAUGUUUCAGAUGACAUUAUCAAGGAUAUAUAUGAGGGAGCGGAAUUCCAUCCCAUUUCUUCUGCUGAAAAUCAUUUGACAAAAGAAAACCACUAUUCUUUAUUUGUUAGGCUAUCUUUCUCUGAGAUCCUUGUAAGCGUCACCUCCAGGAAAUUUGGCAUAAAACUUGUAGAUGCAAUGUUCUCUGGGCUUGGUGUUGAAUGCAAAAUAUGGGAUUAUUCAACAACUAUCCUUGCCUGGCUUGAUUCUCUUGCAAUCAUCAACCCAUUAAAUGAAAACAAAGUCUUGCUGGCUGAAAAGUGUAGCACUGCUGAUGGUCUGGGGGCACCUGUUAUCAGUGUUCAAGUUGACUUUCCUAAGUCGAACCAAAGCUCGGAAGCUUCAACACGGGUUGUUGUCCAGGAAUUCAGUGCUAUAUAUGAACCAGCGUUCAUCUUUAAUCUCCUGUACAUCUAUGAUUUGUUUUCCUCCUUCCAGUUUCAGCAUGAUAGGGUACUUUCCUCACUAAAUUGUUUUGAUAGUUUUGGAGCAAGACUUCUCUGCAAACUAAAGUAUAUGUCUGCAAACCAAAAAAAGCUUCUUUGGGAUUUAAGGAUUCACCACUUUGUUAUCAGGCUGUCAUCACAAAAUUGUGGAACAGAAGAGCUUAUCGUGGUUUUUGAGGCUGGAGACGUAUCCAUGCAAUCCAAAGAUACAGUUAGGGAUGCUUCAUGGAUGCAAGAAAGCGAUUCUUUCCUUGAUCUCAUAUUGAAAACUCUUCCUCCAAAUUUCUCUGAUGACCUUCUCAUUGGCUUCAAAUUGGAUGACCUUUAUAACCAUUUUGAGGUUAGCCUCACCGAUUUUGAGGUGAAGGUAUUGAUGCCGGACAGACAUGAUUCUGCCUCCACACUCAUCAAAUUGGAUGCUUCCAUUGUAUUUGGAUUAUGCAUAUUCUUAGAUGAACCAGUGCUGAAGCAAUUGGAGGUUGCUUUUGUUGUGCCAUUUGCCGACAUGUACUUCUCUCAGACAAUGUACAGUGCUUUUGUUAAUUUGUGUUUCUAUGUGAAAGAGACCAACCUAAUCAGAAAUAAUGCUUCUGAUGAUAUGAAGAGUGAACCCAAGAAGUUAGCCUUAAAUAUGUUUGCAUCACUAAAAUUAGCCAAGCUGAGUUUAAGGGUUGACCUUGAGGACCAUCAUGAAGGAAGUUCAGCUAUAACUGUUUGUGUUGGAGAUGUUGAUAUCAGGUAUGCUAUCCAAGAAUUGUCAGAGAUAUGGGUCAUCACAAAGAUGGUCCAAAUAACUUCCAAUAAUUUGAAAGAGGAAUCAAAUUCACGAGUGCUAUGUUUAUCAGGAAACUACAAAAGUAACACCUGUGCGAACUUGGCAGGAUGCCCUGAGAGUUCCACUUCUGAUGCUUGCUUAAAGCUGCAUUACAGAACUCAUAAAUAUCAAGAUCAAAUGCAUCAAGUGUACCAGCUGAACAUAAAUGAUGUUGAUCUGCAUGUUAUUCCAUCUGUUUUUGGUCAGAUAAGGAGGUUUCUAAAAUUUCUUGAUGGAGUAUAUCCAGAUGGCACUGAUGUUUUUCUCUCAGAACUGGAUCUGGGUUCCAUGAGAUUUGGAGCAGCCGAUGCCAAAUUUCCCAAGUUUGCUCUUUCUAAUUUCUGUGGUGUAGACGGCACAUUAUUUGCAGGAGUGCCUGUUGAUCACUUUCCCUUUGUACGGAUGGAUCUCAUAUCUGGACAUGAUAGGGAAUUUUUAGAAACUCAAGGAGUCCAAGCAUCAGGCGGUUCAUGUUCAAAGAGUAAAUGCAACGGGACUUCUGAUUUAAACUGUUACUCUGCACAAGGACUUGCAAGCAAUUCACUGUGUAGAACUAAGCAUUCCGAUUGUUCAUCCAACUCAUCAAAGAACUCCAAGAAUGACAGUUUAACUGUUCUUGAUCUAUCUCUUGUUUCAGUCAGGGUACAUUUCCAUGAAUCGUGUGGUAUUUUAGCCACGCUUACUAUUCCCGAGUCUAUAGCAACGCUCUCGCUGUCUGAUGUGAGCUCAUGGGACUUCCUCUUGUCUGCUAAAGAUAUAAUGCUUGCUUCAUCAUGGACCUCUCCAAGUGUCCAUGAACUACUAUGGGGAAGAUCCUCACAUGGUAACGCUAAUGUACUCAACAUCCGCGUUAAAAGAGAUUUUCCUGCACUCUCAACAGAAGUAUGUAUUGGAGUUCAAAAUGUUUGCUGCAUAUUACCAUCAAAGGUACUCGCUAUGUUUAUUGGGUUCUUUUUGUUGGAUGAUUGGAAUCCUUUGACAGAAGAGCAUCACUCUGUGGAAAAUCACAAUCUUGAUAACUCUGGAGAAUCACUUGACAGUAUGACAUAUACAUUUGAGAUAUCUGAUUGUAUUUUACUUUUUCCUGUGGAAAAUCAAGAUUUCUUUGGUCUGAAACUUGGUGUUCCAUAUUUUUUUGGUGAGUUCAUUUCAACUGGAAGCACUGCAGAAUUUGCAAAACGUAUCCCCAAAGAAUUCUUCAGUUCAGAAUGUAUGUUUUCCAGCAGAGUUGAUGUCAUCAGCCUGUGUGCAGUAAAGACAUCCAUAUCACUUAUAUUUCCAGAUGACCAAUCAAAUUUUAUGCUAAAGUCUGAUGAAAACAUCCCUAGCAAAAUCCAAUCUCUUUUGGAAAAGCUUGAUGCCAAUAUAUGGAUUCAAAUUCCUUGCACAGAACUAUCCUUCUCCGAGCAAUCAUCUUUGCACACAUUCAUUAUGAGCAAAAUAUCAAAAUGCAGCUUAAUUGCUGAAGAUCUUUAUUUUGUGGAUGGAAUGGACGCAGUUUUUUCUGUUACUGAUGAGUUAAUAUCUGUUGGCAAAGCAAGUAAACUGUAUAAAGGCAAUGCCUUGCAGUUUUUAGAGCAAAGAAUUUUAAAUGAGAGCCCUGCUUCUAGUGACUCCAUUAAUAUCACUGUUUCUGUCAAUGAUCUGGCAAUUUUCUUCUGUCACUCAAAAGAUAAUGGUUUGGAAUUGGAGAAGAUUGCCAAUGCAAAUAUGAAGUUCGAUGUCACUGCUUUAUUGGUUAAUGAAAAAGCAGAACUCAUUGACAUGGAUAUUGUUUCUUUAGCCCUCCAGUCAUCUGACAAUCACACUCUUGUCUCAAUUGUGUCUGAUGGGCCACUGUCUCCUGUUUUCAUCAAGUUCGUGAAACAUGACGGACGAGAUGAUAUAUUAAUGUCUGUACCUUCUUUUGAGAUCUGGCUAUACUUAGUUGAUUGGGACAACAUUAUCAAUCAUUUUCAUUCAUACGUAAGGAAGGAAGAAAGCAGUUCCCAUGUGGUGCAUUCAGCUGCUUUGCCUUCUUCAGACUCUCCAAUGUCACCAUUUCCUGAAACAGAUUGUGGUUCGUUGGAUGAUUCUAAGUUGUUGGUAACAUGUGAAAAUAUUGCUGGUGUAGUUCAUGUACCUAUCUGGCAGAAAACAGAAAACUGUGCAAGCAAUGUUAUGCGUGGGACUCCUGGUUCUUGUAAAAUGCAAGCUACCACUCAUCUCUUUGCAGAUAUUCGAUCUCCUGAGCCAAAAGAUUGCAAGUUUAUCUCCAUAAUGUUCAAUAGUAAACAUUUUGUUGUAUCAUUAGGUGAUAGCAAGAUGAACUUCAGAUGUGAUUUAGAUAGUAUCAAGAUAAUACUGGAGAUGAUUCGAGGGGAUAAGGGUACCUCUGUUCCAUUCAUGCAUAUAUCUAAGGCUAAAGCUGCUGGUUAUAUUCAUCAGCCAGAAGGGAAUCUGCUACAUUUUUCUGUUGAUUUACAAGCAGAAUACAUGGAUGUUGGUUUUUCACAUCAGAUAUUUAGCUUUUGCCGCAGUAUGGAACUCAAGUUUCCUGUAUCAUCAUCAUCUGCUUCAUCAUUUUAUUCUGUGACAUUCAAAGCGGGAUUAAGAAAAGGUUCUCUCCUGCUAAAUGAUGGAAGGAGGGGCAGUCAUGGGCCUGUCAUAGAGAUCCUAGUGAAGAACUUAUCAGUGCAAUUUAGCCAAAUGAAUGAUCGGAUUGAAGUCUCUGGUUUUGUUGACCUUUUAGUAAACUACAACAAUAUUGAUAAGGUUAUGUGGGAGCCUUUUAUAGAACCCUCAAAAUUUCAGUUAAAUGUACUUAGAAAAUGUGCCAAUCAUGCUCUGGAUAUAUCUCCCAGCACUGAGGUGUGCUUAAAUUCAAGCAACCAGCUUAAUCUAAAUAUAUCAGAGCCCUUGAUUGAGGCUGUCCUCAGGCUUGGUCAGAUGAUUACAAAUUCUCUUAAUCCAGUUAGUGAAGGCAGUCUUCAAGAAGAUCCUGGGUUCCUGAGGUUAAGUCGUGAUGAUGUGCAUACUAGAAGAUAUGCACCAUACAUCCUAUCGAAUGACACAUCAUUACCAUUCAAGUUCCGGGUGUACCGUGGUGCUGUCAAUUCAGAUGAUGUUGAUAGUUUCUCAGUAGUAGAUGAAAAUUCUGUGCCGGCAGGGUGUGCAGUCCCAAUAUAUGUUGAAGAGGCUCUUGAUGAAUUCUUCUUUCAACACAGGGAAGCACGAUCUUCUGAACACCUCAUCGAGAAACGGAUGAAUGCAGUUUCGCACUAUAUGAUAUCUAUAGAGUUUGACGCAACUUCUGGGUCCUCUAAGCCAAUGUCAAUGGAUCUUGUGGGCAUUUACUUCUUUGAUGUAAACUUCUCGUCCAGUAAGAAACCACUUAGUGGAGAAAACUGGGAAGCAUUUGCAUCUAAUAGAAAGGGUAAUCAUGAAAAUGGGCUAAUUGUGCCUGUGGUACUCGAUGUCUCCUUGCACAACUACAGCAAGCUUAUACGAGUUUACUCGACGGUCAAACUCUACAAUGCAACAUCAAUGCCCCUUGAAUUGCGUUUUGAUAUUCCAUUUGGUGUAUCUUCAAAGGUUUUAGGGCCAAUUCUUCCAGACAAAGAGUUUCCACUGCCAGUUCAUUUGUCAGAGGCUGGCCAGAUUAGGUGGCAUCCAGUAGGCAGAACUUAUCUGUGGAGUGAAACCCACUCCUUGUCAAGUUUGCUUUCACAUGAAAGCAGGGUUGGGUUUAUGAAAUCAUCUGUGUGCUAUCCCUCUCACCCUAGUAAUGAUCCAUUCCGUUGCUGCGUAUCUGUUGAAGAAUACAGCUUCCCUACAUCCAGUAGUAAUCAGAAAGGCCAGUACUGCACUGAACAUUUGGAUGUACAACCAAACUAUGGAAAUUCUACUCCAAAGGCUUCUAAGAAAAUUUCAUCAAGGAAACAUUUCAUUCGUAAAGUCAGACUUAGUACACCUCUUCUUAUAAAGAAUUAUCUUCCUGUGUGCAUAUCUUUGACAAUAGAUAAUGGUGGGGUUGCGAAUGAAAUUUCGCUUAAGGAGGUAAGCUUUGCCUCAAUAUUUUUUGUUGACCCUUCCAAUGAUCUUGGAAUUACAUUUCAUAUACAAGAUUACAGAUCAUUGGCCAUAAAGUUCCCACGUGUGGAAUCACUCUCUACUGCAGCCAAAUCAAAUGGAUCAAAAUUCUCCUCAACAGAGACAAUUACCUUCUACUCAAAUGAAUUGAAGGGUCCUCUCAAUGUUACUUUGGAGAAAGCAAUGGAUGCUAAUUCUGGUGCAAGAGAAUUGUACCUUUCUGUCCCCUUUUUAUUGUACAAUUGCACAGAUCUGUUGCUCACUGUCACAGAAAGCAGCUAUGAAAGGAACGAGUCCACCCUUGUGAUCCCUUCUAGUUUUGGGUUGGAUGGGCCAACAAGACAUUUGCUUGGAAAAAAUGGUCUCUCUCUUCUUUCAGAAGAUCAGCCUAUACAGUCUUUUGCAAAUAAAAUUCCACAGUUAGAUUUUGUGGAUGGAUGCAGCUCUUAUUUGAACAGAACCGCUGCAAAUAACAGCAAGGAUGCUCCAAAAGAAUGUGACAAAGAGGCUAAAGCUUAUAUGUUUGCUCCUGCUGGACAUACACCUGCAACUGAACUUUUGGUUAAAUUGAAUGCAUCUGUACCUAACAGCGGAACAGAAACGACUCGACGAGAUUGGUCGAGUCCAUUUCUCCUUGUCCCUGCCAGUGGUUCAGUGAAUGCCACCAUUCCACAAUCAUCUAGUUCUGGUGCCUUUUUAAUUGCUGCAACAUCUAUACCUGUUUCAACAGAACUCUUUGGUAGGACAAGGGCUAUUGCAUUUCAGCCAAGAUAUGUGAUUUGCAAUGCAUGCAGCAACGACCUGUUCUAUAGGCAAAAGGGAACAAGAUUUUCUAAGCAUUUAAGUUCUGGACAACACUCUUUUCUUCACUGGUCGGAUACAGAGAGAGAGUUACUUGUUUCAAUUCGUUUCGAUGGGCCAGGAUGGCAAUGGUCUGGUAGUUUUUUCCCUGACCGGUUAGGUGAUGUUCAAUUGAAAAUGAGGAAUAGUGCCUCAGGGAUGUCAAAUAUGGUUCGAGUUGAAGUACAAAAUGCUGAUUUGGAUGUACAAAUCAAUAAAAUUGCGGGAAGAAACAAUAGCAGCACUGGCACAAUAUUGAUUCUGCUUUCUGAUGACAAGACAGGUUUCGUACCUUACAGAGUUGACAAUUUCUCAAUGGAGAAAUUGCGCAUAUAUCAGCAAAAAUGUGAAUCCAUUGAAACGAUUGUGUAUCCUUACACAUGCUGUCAAUAUGCUUGGGAUGAACCUUGCUAUCCUCAUCGCCUAACUGUUGAGGUUCCUGGUGAACGGAGUUUGGGUACGUAUAGUCUGGAUAUUUUCAAUGAUGAUGUUCACGUGUCCCUACCUUUGACACCUGAGAAAGCUGAAAGGAAAUUCUGCAUUUCAGUGCAUGCGGAGGGAGCAAUUAAGGUGCUUAGUGUUAUUGAUUCAAAUUGCCACAGUAUGGACAAAAGGGAAACGGAUCUACUAGGUUCAAGGGAACCAAAAGAUGCUAAUCAGAAACAGGAGCUUGACUUGAACUUUUCAGAUGUUUUCAAAAUACACUUGCCGUUUGUUGGGAUAUCUUUGAUAAGCUCGCUUUCCCAGGAAUUGUUGUUUGCUUCUGCCAAGGAGACAACAAUUGUUGCCAUGCAGAGUUUAGAUCAGCAACAAAUUAUGUUUGAAAUUCAAUCUAUGCAAAUUGAUAAUCAAUUCCCUGACAGUCCAUACCCUGUCAUGCUAUCAUUUGAGGGAAGUCACAAAGGGAAGCAUAUGAAUGUUUUUAAGAGUAGAGAUAUGAUGCGGAGAACUCAAAAUGAAAAUUCUGCUCCAGAACCCAUACUGCGUCUUUCUGCAGCUAAGUGGAGAUCUAAUGAAGCACCAUUUGUUUCGUACCAAUGCAUAAACAUGAGCAUAGCACCUUUUCACCUUGAACUUGAAGAACAGCUUGUAUUUAGCAUGAUUGACUUUUUCAGAUCUGUUUCCACUAGAAUACAUCUUGGACAGUUGGAUAGAAGUUUUGACUUGAGUAUUUUAGAUGGUGCUACGGAUAUUUUUGGUCAAUAUGAGAAAAUUUCAAAGCACAUAUCUGGGAAGCCCCAAAGUUCCUAUAUGGUGGAGGCGCAGCAAGAACAAUUGCUGCCUUCUGUUGUUCCAAUUGGUGCUCCAUGGCAACAAAUACACUUAUUAGCCAGAAAGCAGAAAAAAGUGUACAUUGAAUUGUUUCAGUUGACUCCUAUCAAGUUGACUUUCAGUUUUACAAGCACUCCAUGGCUCAAUAGGAAUGAAGGUAGCUUAGAUCCGAGCACAAGCUUCAACAACAGUACCGCAAUUCAGAGAGGUCUAAUGGCCCUGAUUGAUGUUGAAGGUGUGCCAGUCCACCUUGGAGAAAUAGUGGUGGAAAAUCUCAUGGCCAGCUGGCAAUCCAUUCAGGACAUUCUUGUGAGGCAUUAUAGUAGGCAACUGCUUCAUGAAGUCUACAAGGUUUUUGGCUCUGCUGGUGUUAUUGGAAAUCCUAUGGGUUUUGCUAGGAAUGUUGGGUUUGGCUUGAAGGACUUUGUAUCUGCCUCAAGGAGAGGGAUAUUGCAGAAUCCGGUUGAGCUGUUAAACGGUAUAGCACAAGGUUCAAAAACACUUAUUGGAAGUACAGUUUAUGCUGUCAGUAGUGCCACUUCUCACUUUAGUAAAACUGCUUAUAAGGGUCUUGUUGCUUUUACAUUUGAUGACCAAGCUGCUUCUAAAAUGGAUGAACGGGAGAGACAGCUAAGUUUGCAUGGGGAAGGAGUCUUGAAUGGAUUUUUAGAGGGUUUGACUGGGCUACUCCAAUCACCAAUCAGGGGUGCUGAGAAACAUGGCCUUCCUGGAGUUAUCUCAGGCAUAGCAAUGGGAACAGCAGGGCUUGUGGCCAGGCCUAUGGCAAGCAUUCUUGAAGCGACUGGCAGAACUGCACAGAGCAUAAGAAACCGAAGCAACCCUCAUGAAUCGAACCGACUGCGUGUCCGUUUUCCAAGGCCUGUGGCUAGAGAUCGUCCGCUGUUCCCUUACUCCUGGGAAGAAGCAAUUGGGAUGUCACUGCUUUUCCAAGCUGAUGGUGGUAGACUGAGGGAGGAGACAUUUGUCAUGUGCAAAACACUCAGAGAGCCCGGGAAGUUUCUUGUGCUGACCGAGAAACUGCUCCUGCUCGUUUCCAGCCCAUACUUGGUGGAUUUAGGAUCACCCCAGUUUGUCGGUGUUCCUCCUGAUUCCCAAUGGGUGAUUGAAACGGAGAUGAGCCUCAAAAGCAUUGUUCACCUGGACAGAGCUCAGGAGGUAGUCAACAUAGUUGGGAGCAAUGGGGCAACAUCGCCUAGGGACAAAAGAGGGAGCAUCAGAAACAGGGCUGCGAGCUCGUCCUUUAUCCCGCUGUUCCAUUUCAGCGUAGAGAUGCCCAACAUUGAAGACGCAGAGGGCACACUGCAGAUCCUACUGGCUCUUAUCGACAAGGGGAAAGCACGGAGAUGGGACAAGAACAUCAUUCACCGAAGCAACAUUUACUGAAAGAGUGAAAUAUCUGGGUUACCAUUCGUUUCAGUGGUUGCCAUAAUUUUGCACCUCACGCAAUGGCAUAGACAAGUUUUUGUUGGAAGAUCGCCGUUUGUAAGCACGAGGGUUAUGUCAUAGCUAGAACAGGAGUAUGUAGAUAGAUAUUCAGGAUGAUCCAUCAUGCAUGUAAAUAGUGCAAUUUUGCGAUAGUUGAGCCCAUGGAUUAUGGUGUAGAAUGAGUUUUGUUAUUUUAGGCGUCCAGGGAAUUUUGUCCAUUACCCCUAUGUAGUUGCUAGCUUGUAAAUAAAUUUAAAAGCAUUAUUCUCCAUAUAUCAAAAAUAAGGUUUCGCUUAGCUCUCGUUUAUCAAUA